UAAAAUUAUACUUGCUAAAAAGAGAAUAAGCAAAUAAAUUUCAAGAAACAAAUAAUAAUAAUAAUAAUAAUAAUUCAAGUAAGACAGAUAUGGCAAGCAUGGGAUUUGCAUCUACUCUUAAUAGAUUUUUUGUUAGUGGAGCAUUCAGACCAGUCAAGCGAAUAACAAAUCGACACUUGGCGACGGCCUUUAAAGAUGAGGCUCGUAGCACAGUACAAAAGGGUGCAGAUGCAAUGAAACAGGGUGCUGAUACUGCCAAAAGAGCCAGCCAAGAAGUGAAAAAUGAGACUGCUUCUGUUGCUGAUGAGGCAAUACGCAAGACAAAAGCAAUGGGGGAUAAGGUUGCGGACACAGCACAAGACAUUGCUGGUAAAGCAAAAACCACAGCACAACAAACAUGGGAAACAGUUAAAGACUCUACACUCAAAAUCAAAGAUACUGUCAAGGGCAAAGCUGAAGAGUCUACAGAAGCUAUAAAAGAUAAUGUCAAUAAGAGCAUGAACACCAAGAACUGAAAUUUCAAUUCUUUUUUAAUUUUAAAAACGUGAGAGACAUUAUCUCUUCCUAAAUUGUUUCUCCCUUUUGCUGAUGUUUUGUAAGAAUUAAGAUUUUUUUUUUCUUUUUAAUUAAUUAGUUUUGCUGAAACCGCAGACAGAAGUUUGCGAGUUUGAUGUAUUACUAUAGUUGGAAAUAUAUAUAUGGCAAUUUAUUA